CUCACAUACACACACAUACGGCUGAGCCUCCUUCGGAGCAGAGUAGAGCGCUGCUUGGCUUGCUCAGAGGAGAGAUGCAGUAGGAUAAGGCACACUGGCUGCUGGUCCCUUUCAUUUUACUGCUUCAGCAUUUUCUUUUUCCCCCCCUCUCCUCUGCAUUUCUUUUCUUGUUUUUGUAUAGUGCUGACUUGCAGCCUUUGCACUCCACAUCCACCUUCUUCACAGACUAAGUGAGAAAGAUGAAAGGAAGAUCCCUCUUACAGUGUGUCCUAGCUGGCUUGGCGCUGCUGUGUGCUACUAUUGCUGCUGAUAGAUCGCUCCUCACUGAUCAUUUUUUGGUGGACUUAAACGAAGGGGGAGAGGAGGAGGCUAAGCAACUUGCCAAGGAAUAUGGCUUUGGUGGGGCCAGGAAGUUACCUUUUUCGGAUAGUUUGUACCAUUUCUACGACAGUGGGGCCACUAAGUUCAGGAGGAAGAGAAGUCUCAAAAGUAAGAAUCACUUAGCCAUGCACCCCAAGGUUCGAAAAGUUGUUCAGCAAGAAGGUUUUGACAGAAAGAAACGUGGAUACAGGGACAUCAAUGACAUAGACAUCAAUAUGAAUGAUCCCCUAUUUACAAAACAAUGGUAUUUGAUCAACACAGGUCAGGCAGAUGGGACUCCGGGUCUUGAUUUGAAUGUUGCUGAAGCCUGGGAGUUGGGAUACACAGGGAAAGGAGUUACCAUAGCAAUUAUGGAUGAUGGAAUAGAUUACCUUCACCCGGAUCUUGCCUCAAAUUAUAAUGCAGAGGCAAGCUUUGACUUCAGCAGCAAUGACCCUUAUCCAUAUCCACGCUACACUGACGACUGGUUUAACAGCCACGGGACACGCUGCGCGGGGGAAGUAUCUGCUGCUGCAAACAAUAAUAUUUGUGGGGUUGGAGUUGCUUAUAACUCUAAAGUUGCUGGUAUUCGCAUGCUAGAUCAGCCCUUUAUGACAGAUAUAAUUGAAGCGUCUUCAAUCAGUCAUAUGCCACAAAUUAUAGACAUUUACAGUGCCAGCUGGGGGCCCACAGAUGAUGGCAAGACAGUGGAUGGGCCCAGAGAACUGACCUUACAGGCCAUGGCAGACGGCGUAAAUAAGGGUCGCGGUGGAAAAGGAAGUAUCUAUGUCUGGGCGUCUGGAGAUGGAGGAAGUUAUGAUGACUGUAACUGCGAUGGCUAUGCAUCCAGCAUGUGGACCAUCUCUAUAAACUCUGCUAUUAAUGACGGUCGGACUGCGCUAUAUGAUGAAAGUUGCUCUUCCACUUUAGCCUCCACAUUCAGCAAUGGAAGAAAACGAAAUCCCGAAGCUGGCGUGGCUACGACAGAUUUAUAUGGAAACUGCACUUUACGUCACUCAGGAACAUCUGCGGCAGCACCAGAAGCAGCUGGGGUGUUUGCAUUGGCCCUUGAGGCAAAUCCAGGUCUCACUUGGAGGGACAUGCAACACUUAACAGUGCUGACAUCCAAAAGGAACCAGCUGCAUGAUGAAGUUCAUAAGUGGCGUAGAAACGGUGUUGGUUUGGAGUUCAAUCACUUGUUUGGCUAUGGUGUGCUGGAUGCUGGCUCUAUGGUUAAAAUGGCACGAGAAUGGAAAACUGUUCCGGAAAGAUUCCAUUGUAUUGGUGGAUCAAUACAGGAGCCAAGGAAAAUACCGUCUGAUGGAAAGUUGAUGCUCACACUUACAACAGAUGCUUGUGAAGGAAAGGAAAACUUUGUUCGGUAUCUUGAACAUGUCCAAGCAGUUAUAACUGUGAAUUCUACAAGGCGUGGAGACUUGAACUUCAAUAUGACAUCACCAAUGGGAACAAAAUCCAUUCUGCUGAGUCGUCGUCCAAGAGAUGAGGACUCUAAAGUGGGUUUUGAUAAAUGGCCAUUCAUGACAACUCACACCUGGGGAGAAGACCCAAGAGGAACUUGGGUUCUUGAGAUUGGUUUUGUUGGGAGCGUGCCAGAAAAAGGCGUAUUGAAAGAAUGGACCCUGAUGCUGCAUGGAACUCAAAGUGCCCCCUACAUAGACCAAAUAGUUAGAGAUUACCAGUCAAAAUUGGCUAUGUCCAAGAAGGAGGAGCUUGAGGAAGAACUGGACGAAGCUGUGGAAAGAAGCUUGAAAAGUCUAUUAAGCAAGAACUAGCACUGUAUUGCAUGUCUAUCUUAUAUUUUCUUUUUCAGAAUUUUCAGCAUAUCUUUCUAACACCUAAAUUUCUGUAUAGGAUACCACAGCCUCUUGGUACCAUAUGUUCUAAAUAUUUAUAGUCAUCUGUUCCUUUGUUUGGAAUCAAAUAAAUAUAUAUAUCUAUAUA